CAUGGCGGCGGCCGCCGAGCCGCGGUGCAGCCUCGGCGGCGGCGACAAGGAGAAGGACCUGCUGUCGGCGGUGGUGGCCGACAUCCGCUCCUUCUCCGGCUCCGACCCCCUCCGCCCAUGGCUCCGGGGUAUGCGGAAGAUGGAGGCGGCGCUGCCGCCGGGGACGCUGCGGGCGAAGCUGCCCAGGUUCCUGCAGAAGUGCGCCCAGGAGUUCCAGGACGACGCUCGGUACCGCGACGAUCCCCGCUACCUCCGGGUCUGGAUCCAGCUGAUGGACUAUGUGAAGGAUGCAAGGCCUUUACUUAAGAAGAUGGAAAAGAACAGAAUUGGCCUUAAGAGAGCCGCAUUUUAUAUGGCUUAUGCACUGUAUUAUGAGAAGCACAAGAGGUUUGAGGAUGCUGAGAAGAUGUACUGCUUGGGAACCCAGAACCUCGCAGAGCCUACUGGGGAGCUGCAGAAAGCACGUGAACAAUUUAUUCAGCGCAUGGAACUAUACAAGAAGAGGAAAUCUAGAGUGCGACAGGAACGAAUGCCUAACGAGGUUCGAUCAACUGCUACAACAACGAACAAAGUUGAAGGUCAAAGUGGAAGUUGUACAGAACCGAAGUCCAACCCAGUUCAAAGAUCAGGAAGUGGUUCUAAUCCUCAUUUAGGUUUGCAGCAUCCCUUAGGGCGUAAACUAUCUAGAGGCACUUCAGGAGAUACAAAGAGUUUGUCUCGAUAUAAUAGUGAUGAUACUGUAGUCGUAAGGUUUGUAGGUUCUGCAUUGGUUGGGAAGUCAGAAACUGAAGAUGCAUGCCAUCAUGGCCUUGUUGAACCCACUAUAAACACUAAAGAGGCAAUGGAUGCUAUUAGUAGCAUGUUUUUGGAGCCAUUGGAACCAGAGACGAAGCUCAAGAGGCGCUCAAAUCGUGAUCAACCAAGUUUUAAUCAGGAAACAAGUGCAUUUGAAAUCUUUGUCGAUGAAGAUGGACCUAACGGGACUGGGCCCAGCAUACUCCAUGACAAGGACAUGAAACAGGAAAAUCCAAAAUCAAGUCAGCGAGCAAGCACAUUUGAGAUCUUUGUCGAUGAGAAUGAUACUAACUGCAACAACCAAAAAAUGGCACAACACAGGAACUCUAAUAAGGAGAACACAAAGGUAAAUCAGAAGGCAAAUGAAUUUGAAAUCUUUAUUGAUGAAAAUGAACCUCAUGGCAACGGUUGUAACACCAUGUACCAUAAGAGCACUAAAUGUCCUCCAAAACCAUUGCAUGAUUCAAGGCAGCAAGCCAAUUUUGACUUCCAGAAACCAUUUGUGGGUGGGUUUGCAAUACUGCCUGAUGAUGAAGAUGAGCAGUUUGAGGAAAAUUAUAGUGGUGUUAAUAUAAAUUCUGGAACUGUGCAACUAAUUCGUGAUAAGGAUACUUCACUUUGUUCACGACAAACUGAUUCAAAAAUAAGAUGUGAUGACUUCUGCCCUGCAAUAUCUGGACUUCGAGAAGACACGGUCAUUCAUAGAUUUGUUGGAUCAGCUGUUGUUGGAGAGCCUAAAGUGGAAAAUGCUUGCCACCAUGGGCUGGUCGAACCUACCAUCAAUUUAAAGGAGGCUAUGGAUGAUAUAAACAACAUGUUUGGGAGGCCACUGAACUUCAAAGGUGAGAAACCAAAAACCAAGAAAACCACUGCAUUGUCAGAGAGAAAAACUGCUCCUCUUAGUGGUUUCUCCAUAUUAGCUGAUGAUGCUCCAGAAGAAAACCCUGUUGCCCAAGUUAAACCAAGUGAUCCUUGCAAAUUUGAAGGUCAGAGUGAUCUCUUUGAGCCCACUAUUACUACCCGUGAUGUGAUGGCAGAGAUCAAUGACAUGUUCGGAAUGCCACUGGACUUUUAAGACGCAUGCUUCAAAAACUCAGCAGAACAAUCUUCCUUUACCCUCUCACUCUUUCCUUGAGAGUCUGCGGACACGAAAAGAAGUAUGAAGUAUAUUAGUGCGUUCUUGCUGAUAAGAGCUUGAUCUUUCCCCUUUUUGUUGAAUCCUUCAGUUCGCAGCUGCUGUGUCUAGUGAAUAUUACUUAAGCUAUUGUUGAAAUUACACUUCUCACAUUGUUUAUUGAUUCAUAUUCCCUUGAUAAA